ACUUCAAAUAGAGUACAAAACACAAAGCAUUCAAUACAUAUUAAUAAAUUCCGAAAUUAUGGGUGAAUCAACUAGCAAGGACCCGGCGUCAUUCCAUAACAUGAACCUACUGGCUGAUAUUUUAAUUAGGGAAACCGAGGAACUCGAAAACGAGUUCAGGAUCAAGAUGGAGUUCAUCAGGGACCAAGAAAAGCUCUGCUUCUCGAACGCCAAUAAUCUUGUCACCGUGGACCAGUUCCUGAAAACUAUAAAUGGUACCCUUUUCAAGUUGGAAACGGAUCUUAAUGAGAACGAUGAUCUGUUGAUCCAGGCAGAAGAUAAGGUAGCCAUAUUGGAGCGCUCCUGCGUAAAUGUGCCAGAACAGAAGCAGUCCAGAGUAGACCCUAUGGUCCGAGCCACCUACACUGAUCUGCUGAGACUACUGAUGUCCACCGAAAAGUCUGCUGACCAGUGCAACACGCUCAGGGAGGAAAUCGAGGUGUACAACAACGAAAUGUCGGAGAAACUCGUGCCCAUUAAUGUGAUUGGCAAGAUCAUGGACUUCCACAAUCGCACUUUGGAUACAAUGGAGAAGCAGAUAAAUCUCUUGCACGUCCAAAUCGUGGGACUGAAAACCGAAUUUGCAGACAUCUCAAAGCGCGAAGAAAAGCUUUUACUCGCCGCUUUACUUCCAAAGCCAAAGACCAGGAAACCAUGUUCAAAGUAUCUACGCCUUUAAUCCGACAAAAUAUUUCUUUGAACACCUAAAUGCAAACAAUGCUUCAAGUUAAA